UCUGGUCCAGAUUCAGCUGCUCGAGCCGCGUUCAACACACACUCAUUGUACACAAACGGGGAAAGGCAGCUCGCAGCAUCGAUCGUGGCUCCUUUAAGAAAAAAACUAAGCCAGAAUUAUCAGCCCACCUCCUCUUGAUCUCAUUUAGAAGCUAUUGCAUAAAAAAUCAACUCAGGAGAAGAGAGUGAUCAAAGAAACGAGAGAGAGCUUCAUUUUUUGUGCAUUUGAGUAGUAUUCUCGUUAGGGGUGCUAACCAGUGGAAGCGCGCAGAGGAUCAUCAUUCAUUCAGCACUUUGACAAGCUCGCGUUUGAUUGAUUGACAGCCGGAGUGGCAAAAAGCCAUGAGAUGCGCUAGUUUUGUUUGAGGGGCUAUUUUCAUACUGCUUUGGAAAAGAAGGUUUUGCUCGAUCCUUGUCGCUGUCCACGGGAAAGAAAGCGAAGGGGACCUAUUCGCUGAACGCGUCUGGCUGAACUUGUGGUGAAGGACUGGCUUCAUCGCUCGCUUGAAAGAGGCAGUUGGAUUUUUUGGGAAAACAUAUCCCACGUUUGGAAUUUGCGUGCUAAUUUCCUAUUCACCCUGGCCUCAUAGGGGAUAUAUUUUUGAUAAAAGGAAGCCGAGGGAGUGUGGAGGGCGAUGGCGCAGAGGUACGAAGAUAUAACCCACUAUGGGAUGGACGGAGUAGGAAUCCCGAGCACGAUGUACGGGGACCCGCACGCCGCCAGAUCCAUGCAGGCUGUUCACCUGAACCACGGGCCCCAGCUCCACUCCCACCAGUACCCGCACACAGCCCACGCCAACGCCAUGCCGCCCAGCAUGGGCUCAUCCGUCAAUGACGCUCUAAAAAGAGAUAAAGACUCCAUUUACGGGCACCCUCUGUUCCCACUUCUAGCACUAAUUUUUGAGAAAUGUGAAUUAGCCACUUGCACACCUCGAGAGCCCGGUGUGGCUGGGGGCGAUGUGUGUUCGUCAGAGUCUUUCAAUGAGGAUAUAGCAGUGUUUGCAAAACAGAUUCGAGCAGAAAAGCCGCUAUUUUCAUCAAAUCCGGAGCUGGAUAAUUUGAUGAUACAAGCCAUUCAAGUUUUACGGUUUCAUCUUUUGGAGCUCGAAAAGGUACAUGAACUUUGUGACAAUUUCUGUCAUCGGUACAUCAGCUGUUUGAAGGGAAAGAUGCCCAUCGACUUGGUUAUAGACGACAGAGAAGGAGGAUCAAAAUCAGACAGUGAAGAAAUUACAAGAUCAUCGGGGCCCCUUGAUCAGACUUCAUGGAACAGAGACCAUGACGAUACAGCAUCUACACGCUCCGGAGGAACACCAGGACCAUCCAGCGGAGGACACACAUCACACAGCGGUGACAACAGCAGCGAACAAGGUGAUGGACUGGACAACAGUGUGGCGUCACCCAGCACAGGAGAUGAUGACGACCCCGACAAGGAGAAGAAGAGGAAUAAAAAACGUGGUAUCUUCCCUAAAGUGGCGACCAACAUCAUGAGGGCCUGGCUCUUCCAACACUUGACGCACCCAUACCCUUCAGAAGAACAGAAAAAGCAACUGGCACAAGACACCGGGCUGACUAUACUACAAGUGAACAACUGGUUCAUUAACGCAAGAAGAAGAAUAGUGCAGCCCAUGAUCGACCAGUCCAACCGAGCAGUAAGUCAAGGAGCUCCCUACAACCCAGAUGGUCAACCCAUGGGAGGCUUCGUGAUGGACGGCCAGCAGCACAUGGGAAUCAGACCACCUGGGCCUAUGAGUGGGAUGGGCAUGAAUAUGGGCAUGGAGGGACAGUGGCACUACAUGUAACCUUCUAGUUAACCAAUCGCAAAGCAAUGGGGGAAGACUGCAAGGCAUGCCAGGGGAUUACCUGUCACACAGUGGCCCGGUGGGUAUGGCUAUGGGGCAACCAGGCUACGGCGCCUCCCAGAUGCCCCACCACCCUGCUCAGUUGCGGCACGGCCCUCCCAUGCGUUCCUACAUCCCUGGACACCCCCACCACCCAGCGAUGUUAAUGCACGGAGGACCACCUCACCCUGCCAUGCCCAUGUCAGCCUCUAGCCCCCCUAUGUUCAAUCCAGGAGACCCUACCAUGGGAGGACAAUUCAUGGACAUCCAUGCCCAGUAAUUUACUAAAACGGAUUCUGUAAAUGACUGCAACGGAUAGACGAGGAGCUGCGAUUGGUUUUUCUGGGGCUUGCCAAGAACCGAUUACAUACUGACUUGUUACCGAGACUGAGGAGCUUGCAUCUUGGCUAUAGAUUCGGACCAAGAAAAAAAAGCCAGAUAUCUGUAUACUAUGGGACACUUUAAAAGGAGGUGCCCUUUGCUUAGACACAAAAAGAGAGCGAGAGAGAAAGAAAGAUUGAAUUUAUUACUAUAUCAGCCUCUAAAGGGGAGGGAUGAGGACAUACUGUAUACUGUUGUAAAAUUGCAUUGGACUUUCAUAAGAACUGGGAAAAAAGUAUUGUAAAUGCUAUCGUAUUGUUCUGCAUAUUAUGUUGUUUCUAAUAGAUUGUUUUUAAAAAGGAUGUGAACUUUUUU